CUAGACUUAGAUUAAUUAAAAUCACUUUCAGAUUGAACUAAUCAAUGGUUUUGAUGAUAAUAGUAUUAGGUGUGCAAUAAAGAAAAUGAAACAAUUUUUACAGACAAGAAUUUGCGCUCUGGCAAUUUUUCUUUUGUUCAACAAGCCGGCAGUUCCACAAGAGUUAAAUGUGAAAUGCCCUUCAUUUACUCACUUUUCAAACGGGCGAAUAAUUUGUUCCAAUUCCAACAACAUCGGUUCUAUUUGUUAUUUCUAUUGCAACGAAACUUAUGAGCUUAAUGGUGAUUCAAACACUGUUUGCCAUUCUGGCAUUUGGUCUAAUUCGAAACCAUCAUGUUUUAGAAGUUUUUCUACAGAGCCACCUAUAUUGUGUCACAUCCUCCAAAGUUUCAGCAAUGGUGAAGUAUCAUGUACAAAUGGCAACCAUGCUGGAUCAGUUUGUUCUUACACUUGUUUUCUUGGCUAUAAGUUGGUUGGCAACCAACAGACAGUUUGUCAUUUUCAAGGAUGGAGCGCAACACCACCUGUGUGCAAAAAAAGCACGCAAGUUGCUGCAAGAAUAGGCAGCUGCACCCCCCUUCAACACCCCUUUCAUGGUCACUUUACUUGCUCCAAUGCUUACCAUUUUUUGUCAAGCUGUAUUUUCUCAUGCCAAAACUAUUACAAGCUUAAAGGAAGUCCGAAUACUAGAUGUUUAUACAGUGGUUGGACAAAUCAACCACCUCAAUGCACUAGAGAUUUAGCAAUAAAAGGAAGAAACACAUUUUGUGCCUACGAACCAUAUCCUCUUGCUUCGAGGGUUACCUGUACUGAUGCAAGAAAUAGUGGUUCUGUGUGUACAUAUACUUGCAUUGAAUUGUUUGAACUAAGUGGAUCAGCAACUCGUACUUGCGUGUCUGGAUCCUGGGACAAUCCACAACCGUCCUGUUCAGCUAUGACGUCCAGUAUUCCUGCUGGGGGAUGUUCCCCUAUUCCAUUAGGCCAAAGUGUUGAGCAAUCAUGUACAAACGGUAUUUCAGCUGGUUCGGAAUGCACAUUUUCAUGCAGUACACCCACUCUUACUUUGAAUGGUAUUGACAAAACCACAUGCUAUAACGGACUGUGGUCAGAGAGUAGUUAUCCUUUUUGUACUGUUCAAACUUCUUCUGCAUGCCCAAGUAUUACCAAUGGCCCUGGAGUACAAAUGUCAUGUUCAGACGAUUAUAAUGCUAACUCGAUAUGUAGCUUCACAUGCGCAGGUGAUCGUACUUUGUCUGGGCCCGAAACAGUUACUUGCCAGCAAUCGUAUUGGACCGAACCUUCUCCUAUAUGCCUUGCAUCACUUGGUUGUCAAGUUCUGGCAAACCCUGCAAAUGCCCUACUGAGCUGUACAAAUGGAAACAGCAUAAACUCAGUUUGUACAUUCUCAUGUUUACCCCCAUAUAAAAUGAAUGGGGAGCCAAUUAUCACUUGCCAAUCCUCAAGGUCUUGGGUUCCUGAUCCUCCUGCUUGUUACACUCCAUCAUGUUCCAUACUAACCAGCCCUGCUGAUGGUCUAGUUAGCUGCUCCAAUGCCAACUCAUUUGAGUCAGUAUGUACAUUUACAUGCAACGAGGGUGCAUCUCUAACAGGGGAAGCUGUUCUUACAUGCAGCAAUGCUGGGAAAUGGUCACAUCCAAAACCAACUUGUUCUGGCAAGUGUUCAGAGUUGGGCGAACUGGAAAAUGGUCAGAUAUCUUGCGCAAAUGAAUACAAUGUUGGUACAGCUUGUGUUUUCUCAUGUGCGGAUGGUUAUAGUGUUCGUGGUGAACCAGUGACCACAUGCACUCCUGAAAAAACAUGGUCAGACCCCCCUCCUACUUGUUUUAACAGAGAAAGCGUACGUUGCCAUCCCUUGCUAUCGGAGCUUUUCAAGACAGGUCUCACCUGCACAAACCUCAACAAAAUUGAUUCAACAUGUGAUUUAAAAUGCGAAGACGGAACCUCGCAGGAGAAGUUUUUCUGUCGUGAAGCUGUAAAUGACGACGGUGCUGCAUGGUUCCACAAGGAUGCAUGCGAAGCUGGAGGUGACAAUUUUUGGUUUUUACCACACUAAAAAUUUUAUAAACGUUUCUCGUAGCAUAGAAUGAGACCAUAUUUUUAAUUUUUUUUUUGUAAAAUCAGGAGGGGCACUUUUGAAAUGUAGUUACAUUGUUGUUGUCAAACAUGGCCAUCCUCAUUAAAUAAUUUAGUUAAUUUAUUGAAUUCAAUAUACUUUCUUGUUUAGGAACUUAACCAAUUUUAAGCUAUUAAAGGUGGGUGCUAAA